AUGACAGCUUAUGUGCUAUUGCUUAUGAUCAGUACAAGGUAUAUCAAAAUAGCUGUGAUCCCGGCUAUCAUACUUGUUUUCAUUGGUGCCUUGUGGGGCAAAUUCUGUGUCAAAGGAAGGUUGCGGCAUAGCACCAAUGAAAUGGCUAACUUGGGCAGUGGCAGCGAGAAACAUCAGGGUCUGCUACUAAUGGUACUACUAUCGUACUGUCUGCAGCUAAUGCAGCUCGUCUUGGCACAUCGUGCUGAGCUGACCAAGGGACAACAAAACGACAAUUUUGUUAUCUCUCACUUUCUCCUCUUCUUCAGUUCUGCGCUUGGCGCUCUGGCAUCGAUGAUGGCCACACUCCCGAUCGGAACCAGCCCAGGUGUAGCGCAGGCACAGCAAGCGCUUCACAGGACCUUCACUGUCGUGCUUAUGAUAACGGUGCACACCGUGGCUGCAGAAUGGACGGGGGAAGACAUGGUACUAAUUUGCAUGCCGGAGCUUAUUGCGGCGCUUGUGUGGUUCACUGCUAAUUUUGAUCAUGAUAAUUUCAGCUGUCUAUAG